AACGCGAUCCACUUACUUUUGUAACAUCGAAAAAUAUUUUUUAUAUAAUUUACAAGAUCUUAUUUACAUUUGAAUUUAUACUUAUGACUACCGUGGUUAAAUUAAGAGGGGUGAAUAGAACAAACACAAAAAAAAGUUGGCCUUAUGACCAAUAUUACACAGGGGAAAGAGAUGCCAAAUAUAGGAAGAAUGGUUCCGGUGAAAAUAAUUGGAGUGGAGCAAAGUCGCUAGAAACUUAUAGAGGCUGUUUCACUCGGAACUCGAUGCAUGGGCGAGGUGAAUAUCGCUGGAGGAUACGUGGAGAGGCAGGCGUGGAUCACACGUACGAAGGAUAUUUUUAUAACAACACCAUGCACGGCUAUGGACUUAUGUCUUUUCCUGACGGAAAAACAUUCAGAGGCUUAUUUUGUAACAACAUAAGAUUUGGUCCGGGAGUACAAUCUGAUGCAAAAAUGAAUAACGAUGUUGGACUUUGGAGAGGUGCUCAAUUGGUCAGACUAGCCUGGUCUCCAGUCUCGCCCAGCGUCAUUCCCGACUUCAUGGCGACCCCCCUUGGACGAAAUUUUGUCGAAGCAAUGCGGACUUUAUUGACAGCGAGUGAAAGACUGAUUGGAGAAACCAAUAGUGCUAUCGAUUUACUUAAAAAGUACGGGGCUGAUCCCAAAAUGGCAGUAGAUAAGUGGAAUAAGUUAUAUCCAAAAAAUUGCACAGACCACAAUAGCCCUCUAUGCCCCGUUGAAUUUUUUGAAUUCAAUUAUUACAACAAAAUCUAUAAAAUACUAGAAACUAAUACUCAUCUUAAUUCCAAAAAUAUCCAGGACAUAUUUGAAAAUCUUGAAACACCUGAAACUGAAAGGUACUAUGCGUGGAAUAACUCGAAUGAAAUGAUAAAUAUGUUCACACACUCAUUCCAACAUGAAUAUCAAAGGGAUAGUGAUGAAGUCGAUAUCUAUCCAAUUUUAUCUGGAGCAAGACACCACUUUCGGCGUCCUGGAGUAGACGAAAUCAACUCUAGAACUUUACUUUUAACGAGCUACUUAGGUUAUACUUCAAAUGUUGCAGAGCUAGUCAAUAGUAAUAAAGCUUGUGCAAACGUAAUGGAUUCUCAGGGGAAUUCUCCUCUCAUGUAUGCUACUAGUGGUGAUCAAGUCAAUGUUAUACGUUUUCUCGUAGAGGCAGGCGCCAAUGUAGAUAAUUUUAAUGAUUCUUGUUGCACGGCUCUUGGAGUUGCGCUCAUCAGAUACAUGUGUGCAUACAAAGAUAUUUCAAAUAACAUAAUUCUUCAAACAUUUCUACCACCUCCAGAAGUUCCAAUAACUCCACCACAAGCAGUUGAGUGGAACAUUAAUCGGGAGCUAACGUCUCAAAAUAUAACUGGAAGCUUACAUAAAAACUCAAGCAAAACUAAGAAUAUAAGUAACAGGAAAAUUAAAUCUCUAAUAUCCUUGAAAGACAAGAGCCCAAAAAAAGUUGAUGCACCUAUAAAAUUACUAGAUGAAACGGACUCAUUUGAUUCUGUAUCAGAGGAAAUGGACAUUCACGACAAAGCUUUAAAAGAAUAUACAAUCAUAGUGAACAAUUUGCUAAUUGGUCCAGCCCCAACUAACCUGGCUGCUUAUGCCUUUCAAGUUAAUGAUAUGAUCAGGGAUAUAGAAAAUAUGGAGGAUGAACAAAAAAAGAAUACAGAUAAAUUACCAAAAAAAACUGUAUCUAAAGCUAAAGAUACUGCCAAACCUAGUAAAGAUAAUAUAUGUACAAGUAAAGAUAUUAUUGAUUGCGUAUCAUUGAGUAGUGCUGAAAGAAUAAGACUGGAUAUGUUGAAUAAGAUUAAACAAACGAUUUUCGAGCUAUUAAUAAAUGGUGCAGACCCAAGAUUGGUCCGUUGUCCACAUUCAGCUUUAUUCAUGGCAAUUUUAAGCAACUCUCCGGAUAUUAUAACUGCAUUAGUAGAACACGGAGCUGAUGUCAAUGAAGUAUAUCGACAGUCAAUGAAUUAUUCCCCAUUGGAUAUUGCAAUAUCUCGUGAAUUUACACACGAAAACUUUAAUGUGGUCAAAGUGCUCCUAGAAUGUGGAGCGGAUGCUGAUCGUAGAGUACCGUAUUCAGACAAUAGUGACCUAAACGGAGUUAUAGGAGUUGGUCCCACGCUCCUGCAUGCUGUUGUUGCGAGGAAUUUGGAAACCGAUAUUGAAGAAGAGGUUCGCUACCAAUUGGUAGAUCUAUUGCUAGAUAACAAUUGUAACCCAGCUGCUCAGUUUCUUGGACGAUCAGCGAUCGACUUCGCAAUGUCGAAAAGUAUUGAUAUCUUAGAGGUCUUCAUAAAAGGCUCAAAGACAAACCUUAACUGUAUCAUCAAUGACCAGAAUCAAAACAUUCUUGUUAAGAUGUUUUGCUUGCAAUACUUCAAAAGCAUUAACGGCAGUCAAAGAUUACACACGCUUACGAACUUGCUGUUAUACGGUGCGGAUCCGUUAUUACCAUGUAAAAGCGGAGACGAAGCAUAUGCCAAUAUCUUUGUUUUCGCAACGAAAACGUUAGUGGAAUUAGAAAACUCGCAUGGAAAGGGAGCCCCUUCAACUUCUGCCCCGGCGUCGAAAUCAAAAAAACCUGACAGUAAAAAUGAUCCAACAAAAGCAAUAGCUCUGAGUGAUGAUAAAGAGGAUUACAAACAAGCUAUAGAUUUGGUGAAGGAGUGCGCGAGGCUAUUGCAUAUUCGCUGGAUUCAGGGAGGCUUGGUGAAGGAGCUUGUGGCCACAAUAAAUAAAUUCAAGCACCGGCAUUGGAAUUUAAUUCUAAAUGAAUGGAAAAAAAAGAAAUGUAUCGGUUUAUGGGUAACGCCUCAUCGAUGCCUCGAAAUUUGGAAAAUUCUAGGAACGACCAAGAAUCAAAUAUAUAAAGAUAUGACAGUUCUAAAACACUUGCUCUGCAUAGUGACUUUUUUAGCUUGGCGUUACUUUGAUCCUGAUAAAAGAGAUUUAAAUUUAGGAUCGAAAGUAACGGCUGUUGUGAAAGGGCUAAUAGAGAAAGAUGUACGCCACAUGUUGAAUCAAUAUUUUGGCAAUUCUAAAUAUGCCAUGCAGGAUUUAUGCUGGAAACGUUCUUAUGUACAGCCAGAAACUAUGGAAGCGAAAAAUAAGUUCAAUGUCUGCUUCGAAUGUGCUUUACCUCUAGAAGAUGAUUAUAUUUUAUGUGGUGUCUGUAAACUAGUUUCAUUCUGCUCAUUUGACUGUAUGCGAGUUAAUAUUGAUCGAGUUUCCUGCCAUCCCUGUAGUGAUGACUUGAGUAAAAGAUAUUUUCCCGAAAGUAAACCUUUAGUGGUGGAUAUUUUAAAACCAUGAGAAAUACAAAAGCUGGCAUUUAAUUUGUUUUUAAUAAUGCCUAUUUAAUUUAUAUUUGUUUUAAGCUUUUCAAAAUAAAUCAAUAAUUCUGUAGAGGCUUGGAAAUUGAAAUGAAUAAGUGUAAAUUAUGUCAAAUAUAU